AGGUGGAGCAUUUCCUUUCCUGAAGAUAUUUUACCUCCCACUGAACUGAUCUUCAGAGACAUAACAGCGACAGAAAGACUUAAAGCAAGUACAAGAAAAGUAUUCGUAGAAGAACUUUAAUUUACACUUUGAAAUUUAUGGUGCUUAUGACUUUCUCAGUAGCGAUGCUAUGUAUACGAUCCCGUGACUGACAACCUACUGCUUGAUCGUUUCUUCAAGUUUAUCUUUGAUGACAGGAAUAUAAUUCUUUAUUGAACUAAACUACCCAUAUGGAUCGUGGUGAUGCUGCGGCUUUGAACAUUUUCAUUAAUAAACAGGUGAAUGCACACUCCAGGACUUUUCCUGAGAUUCUAGAGAUGGGCUCUAUGUCUUUCCAGAACACGCCCUGAUAGAUGAAGUAGAUAUAGAACCUGCGGGAAGGGCAGGGACUGCAAGCUUGAGAUCACUGCAGUACAGCUCGUGCCAUAUCUCUGAGUUACCUGUGACACGCACCCGAAUGUCAAGUGAACAACACAAAACAACAAAAAGAAAACAAGAGCUAUUCAAGGAUAUUGCCAGCACAAUUUUUCAAAGGAUUUUUCUGGAUUCACAGAGGAGAUCUGUUCUGUCUCUAUACCUUGACUUGGAGUUGCCUCGCUCGUGACUAUAUCAAUCCAAGAGAGUUGAAGAAGAACAUUGUAUUUCUCACCAAUCAUUGAUAUAAGUCGAGAAGGUGGACAUCAUGAGCAGGAAAACACGACGCUGGAUUUUUCAUAUUUUCCUUUGUCUGGGGAUUGUGUAUUUGAAAAUUGGGGGCUUCUCCUCCGUGGUUGCCUUAGGAGCGAGUAUAAUCUGUAACAAAAUUCCUGGUUUGGCUCCUCGACAACGGACUAUCUGUCAGAGCCGACCCGACGCUAUCAUAGUCAUCGGAGAAGGAGCACAAAUGGGGAUCAACGAGUGCCAGUUUCAGUUCAAAAAUGGACGUUGGAACUGCUCUGCGCUCGGAGAGAGAACUGUCUUUGGAAAAGAGUUGAAAGUGGGCAGUAAGGAGGCCGCCUUCACCUACGCUAUUAUCGCCGCCGGGGUAGCCCACGCCAUCACGGCAGCCUGCACCCAGGGCAACCUGAGUGACUGUGGCUGUGACAAGGAAAAGCAGGGCUUCUACAACCAGGAGGAGGGCUGGAAGUGGGGAGGAUGUUCAGCAGACAUCCGCUACGGCCUGGGCUUCUCCAAAGUAUUCGUGGAUGCCAGGGAGAUAAAACAGAACGCCAGGACACUAAUGAAUCUACACAACAACGAGGCAGGACGCAAGAUCCUGGAGAAGAAUAUGCGGCUGGAGUGCAAGUGUCAUGGGGUGUCCGGUUCCUGCACCACCAAAACCUGCUGGACGACGCUCCCCAAGUUCCGGCAGCUGGGCUACAUCCUUAAGGAAAAGUACAAUCAGGCGGUGCACGUGGAGCCGGUGAGAGCCAGCCGCAACAAGCGGCCCACCUUCCUCAAGAUCAAGAAGCCCUACUCUUACCGCAAGCCCAUGGACACGGACCUGGUGUACAUCGAGAAAUCGCCCAACUACUGUGAGGAGGAUCCGGUGACGGGCAGCUUAGGAACACAGGGGCGCAUCUGUAACAAGACGGCCCAGCAGACCAACGGCUGCGACCUGAUGUGCUGCGGCCGGGGCUACAACACGCACCAGUACUCGCGCGUGUGGCAGUGCAACUGCAAGUUCCUGUGGUGCUGCUACGUCAAGUGCAAUACGUGCAGCGAGAGGACAGAGGUGUACACCUGUAAAUGAAAUAUAUAUUUAUUGGACUGCCGUUCACGCGCGUGUGUUCGUGGGUGUGGUUGCGUGUGUCUGCGUGUGUAUAUUCGUUAUUUUACUGACAGGGUUCCGUUUCGGUUGCCGCGGGCAUACAGGAAGACGAGAGGGAGAAUCAUUUGCACAUGAUGCCUUGGUCAGAUCCGCAGUCUGCAGCGAUGUCUCUCUCUGCUUCUGAAUGGAAAUUGACUGGAGAACCUCUGUCCUGAUGCAGGGUUUACAAGAUUCACAAUGAGCGGUUACAUCCGGCUGCCAAAAUCAUGUAGAAGACUGGGCCGUACUGCCAGUGGUGGUGGCAGGACAAACACCGAUGCAGUCCUGGACAUGGGGAUAGAGGUGUCCGUGUGGCGUUGCACUGUGGCGUCUGUGAUUGUGAGGGUCCUCUGCUCGCACGGCAGUCUGGAGCCCUCCUGUACAAACUGCAGCCAGCUGGACGCCUCUCGAUCCCCGGCUGUUCUGCCUCACUCUGUAUACUGAUCGCUAGU